AUGGGUUACUUCUACUUCUCCGCUGAGACAUGGACCCUGCUGGUGGCCUUUGUCACUCUGCUCCUCGUAUACGCCUACUGGCCAUAUGGGACUUUCAAGAGAUUAGGGAUCUCAGGUCCCAAACCCGUCCCAUUUUUUGGUACAAUGCUGCAUUAUCGAAGGGGGUUCUUCACCUUCGACGAAGAAUGCAAAAAGAAAUACGGGAAGGUAUGGGGCAUCUACGACGGGCGCCAGCCUGUGCUGUGUGUCACAGAUCCUGAAAUCAUAAAGGCGGUCCUGGUUAAGGAAUGCUUGUCUUUCUUCACCAACCGCAGGAACUUCCAUCUGAAUGGGCCGCUGUAUGAUGCCUUGUCCGUUGCUGAAGAUGACCAGUGGAAAAGGAUCCGCAGUGUCCUGUCUCCUUCCUUCACCUCCGGGAAACUAAAAGAGAUGUUUGAAAUCAUGAAGAAUCAUUCUGCGAACCUGAUCCGCAGCAUGAAAAAGAAGGCAGACAAGGACGAACCAUUAGAUCUGAAGGAAUUCUUUGGAUCGUACAGCAUGGAUGUGGUAACCAGCACGGCCUUCAGUGUAGACAUCGACUCGCUGAACAACCCAUCAGACCCGUUUGUGACGAACAUCAAGAAGAUGUUGAAGUUUGACUUCUUAAACCCCCUCUUCCUCGCUGUCGCUUUCUUUCCCUUCCUUGGUCCCAUACUUGAAAAAUUUGAAUUAUCAUUCUUCCCCAAAUCUGUGACCGACUUCUUUUACGCUUCUCUGGAGAAGAUCAAGUCCAAUCGUGAGGCCAGCCAGCAGAAGAGUCGAGUAGAUUUUCUCCAACUGAUGAUUGAUUCCCAAAAGAACAGCGGGGCACAACAGGACAAAAGUUUAACUGACCAUGAGAUCCUCUCUCAAUCCAUGAUUUUCAUUUUUGCUGGUUAUGAGACAAGCAGCAGCUCUCUCACUUUCUUGGCUUACAACCUGGCUACGAAUCCAGAGGUCAUGAAAAAACUCCAGGAGGAGAUCGAUGCUACCUUCCCCAACAAGGCUCCUGUUCACUAUCAGCCCUUGAUGGAGAUGGAGUACCUGGACUGCGUCAUCAAUGAGUCUCUCCGACUGUUCCCCAUCGCCGCGCGUCUGGAGCGUGUGGCCAAAGCAGCCGUGGAGAUAAAUGGCGUCGUGAUUCCAAAGGACAUGGUUGUCAUGAUACCUACAUGGCCUCUGCACCGGGACCCUGAGAUCUGGCCUGAACCAGAGGCGUUCAAACCUGAGAGAUUCAGCAAGAAAAACAAGGACAACAUUGAUCCAUACAUAUACAUGCCCUUCGGAUCGGGGCCAAGGAACUGCAUUGGGAUGAGAUUUGCUCUGGUGUUGAUAAAACUGGCAGUGGUGGAGAUCCUGCAGCAAUACAGUUUCUCUGUUUGUAAAGAGACUGAGGUCCCAUUUGAGAUGGAUAUCCAGGGUCUGCUCGCACCCAAAAGACCCAUCCAACUGAAGCUGGUGCCUCGCUCCUAA